AGUGACGGAAAAGAGCGAAGGGGCGGGGCUUCCGUCUUGACGGUUUCGCCGUUGCCGGCUGCUAGGAGAUCGAUGGAGCCGGCCACGGGGGGUCCCGGGGAGCGCUGGGCGCCGGUCGGGGCGGUGGCCGAGGCCCAGGCGGGGGACGAGGUGGAGGUGGAGGUCGAGCCGGGCUCCCCGCGAUCGCUGCGGGCGGAGCGGCGCCGCCUCCACUCGGCGCUCUUGGCGUUGGCCUCCCAUUUCGCCCAGGUCCAGUUCCGCCUCCGUCAAGUGGCGCGUGCCGGCCCGGCCCAGCAGCAGCGCCUCCUCCGCGAGCUCGAGGAGUUCGCCUUCCGCGGUUGCCCCGGAUCCGGCCUCGGUCUGGCGGCGGUGACGACCUCGGAGGGAAGCGGUGGCGACGCCGAGAGUGAGCGUGAGAAGCAGGAGCAGCUGGAGGCCCGGAAGGAGAAGCAAAGGGAACUCAUUCUGCAGCUCAAAGCUCAAUUGGAUGACUUGGAAACGUUUGCCUACCAGGAAGGCAGCUACGAUGCACUGCCCCAGUCCAUGGUCAUGGAGAGACAGCAGGUGAUUAUUGAGGAGCUAAUCAAGAAGCUGGACAUGAACUUGAGUGAGGACAUAGCCUCGCUGUCCCCAGAGGAGCUGCGUCAGCAGGUGGAUGUUGCUGUGGCACAAAUUGUCAACCCAGCACGUGUGAAGGAACAGUUGGUGGAGCAGCUGAAAACCCAGAUCCGGGACCUUGAGAUGUUUAUCAAUUUCAUCCAGGAAGAAGUUGUCAGUCCUGGCAAACCAGAGGAUGGACGUUGUGACUGUUCUGGUGAAAAAGCUGGAAGUGGUACCCGACAGCCUCACGGAAGCAACAGAGUGAGCCCUGAAGAUGCCCAGAGGAUGCGGGAGACAGGGCUACAUCUCAUGCGCCGUGUACUUGCUGUGCUGCAGAUCUUUGCUGUGAGCCAGUUUGGCUGUGCAACUGGGCAAAUCCCACAUCACUUGUGGCAGAGGGACCAGGGUGACAGGGACUAUUUGCCCUUGGUGAAGAAGUUAGAGAUGGCUGUGACCCAUGUGAGGCAGCUGGCCCAGAAAUACCAGCUAAGGGAGCCGGAUCAUGUCAUCAGCUACUCAGGCUUGCUGGACACUUCCUUGAGUGGGCGAGAUGAGCUAACGCUGGCUGUGCGCAAAGAGCUGACAACUGCUGUGCGGGACCUGCUGGCCCACGGUCUCUAUGCCCCAUCCCCUGGGAUGAGCCUGGUUCUGGCUCCCAUUGCCUGCUUGCUGCCAGUACUGAGCUCCUCUCCUCAGGCGAUGCACCCCUGGGAGCUCUUUGUGAAGUAUUACAAUUCCAAGAAUGGCCGUGCCUUUGUGGAGUCACCUGCUCGCAAACUCUCUCAGUCUUUUUCCCUCCCAGUUAUGGGUGGGAUGUCUGUCACUCCCAAGCAGAGCCUGCUGUCGGCCAUCCACACAGUCCUGUCAGAGCAUGACCCAUUCAAGCGUAGUGCGGACUCUGAGCUGAAGGCCCUGGUGUGCUUAGCUCUCAAUGAGCAGCGCCUGGUCUCCUGGCUCAACCUCAUCUGCAAGUCAGGGGCACUGAUCCAAGCCCACUACCAGCCCUGGAGUUACAUGGCCCAGACAGGCUUUGAGGGAGCCCUCAACCUCCUUAGCCGCCUCAGUAACCUACGCUUCAGUCUCCCUGUGGACCUGGCUGUGCGACAGCUGAAGAACAUCAAGGAUGCCUUUUGAGUGGUUGGAGGCCUGCCUCGGCCCCUUGGAGGGUAGUACUUAUUACUCAGUCCAAGAGGCCACCUCUGUGUGUUUACAAUGGGGUGGGAGGGGGAGGAGCUGCCAGUUGGUGGUGGCAUCUUGCUGAGCUGCUGUUCCUCCACUGCGUGCACCAGACAAUAUGGUUGAAAUAGCUGCCCUGGUGCUGUGUGGAGGAGGCCCAUGUGUAGAGCUUUCAGCCACCAAGCAUAGCCUAGUGUCCCUUGAAAUGGACCCAGUAGGCAGGCUUGGCAGCAGAACAGGAGGGUAUCUCUCCUGCCAAAGGAAACGUCUGAGGGGCCAACAGGAAGCCAUUUCUGCCCUGAAUCCUAUGGAGUCAGGGUCAAAUCUACAAGAGUAGAGGCAAUACUUUAGCUGGAUCAGGGAAGAUUUCUUCCUGUUUCCUGAGGGGUCUGCCAGAUAUGCCACCCCAGGCCUGUACCUUCAUAUUAAAAUUUACUGGCUGUAUUCCUCAAUCUGGGCUGCAGCUGCUUCUAUGUUAAUAGCCUUAAAUUAUUUGACUUUAUCAUGCUGCAGAACCAAUCACUUGUAGAAAGAACUUGCCAGACAAGCCACUGUAUGCUGGUAUAAGAUUCUGAUGUGUCACCAUUUGCCCAGUGCUCACAGUUUAUUUGCUGGCGUGGUGAGCUGAGUGGACUCUGUAGUUGUGCUAGAACCCAGCAUAGUGAAGAUGGAAAAUUCCUUACCAAACAUUCUGGUAAUGUGAGAAAGGUGCCGCGAGGGUGGGGGUGGGGAUGGGGAUAGAGGAGGAGGAAGUUCUUGAUUGUGGGCAGAGGGUUUGAUGAAAUACUCAGAUCUGGAUAUGUGUGAGGUGGAUGGGUGAAGGUACCCAGCUGAAAAGAAGUUGUUGAGCUUGCCUGUUUGAAUAGUAGUUGUUAUAAGCCCUUGCUUGAAAGGAACACUCAAUCUCUUUGGUGAAGGUUGGGUGCCUUUGUAGUGGCACACACGUUCUCUAUGUUGUUUUUUGCAUAGCAAAACCUCAAAGCUGCUAUAUUUCUGCUGUGAACGUAGUAAGACUAGUCUGGAUUGUUCUUCUCUUGCUACUUUCCUUCUGGGGAACAGAAUGGGGGCUGUUUACAACUACAAUAACCACAAAACUACAUACUUCCUCUGUGGGGAAAUAACUGGACGAAAGAUGCACCUGAAAAUACUGGGACCGAGGGAGCCACUUCAGCUUCUGGAGGCUCUUGCCCCAUUGGACCUGGAGCAGUGCCCUGCUAGUACUACCUGAAGAGCUGGGGCAUGUGUGGUUUGGCUAUUUUUAGAUCUACAGAAGCAGCAGCUGUAACUCUACAUAGGAUCUUUGAGAUAUCCUGCACCUUCAGGAGCUGAGUGGGUGAAGGCCAAGUCACACAACACUUUCAGAGAAUGUGCAGAGGGGGCUCAGUGGCAAGCAGUGUGCAUUGAUGCUGAGUGAAGUCUUUGUUUCUGCAAAUAAGUUCUGUGGUGUGGAUUAUCCUGCUGAAACAGUUCUCUUUAAAUUAAGAGCUCUCCUAUUCUUGUCCCGUGUUAAUUUGUGUCAGCGCUCUUCAGGAAUCUCUGUCCUGCUCCCUUAAUAGUGUUGCUUUUGUUUUGACUCCAGUGCAAGAGGAAGAUGAUAUUGGUGGAGACCUGUGUGUGCGUCCUGCUAGUAAUAAAUCCAGUCUGGUGUCUGUCCUUUUCCCCACUUCUGUUUGAAAGAUAAAAUUUUCUCCCUGCAGCCUUUAGCAAAUACUGGAUUCCUCUGUCGUCACAGCAUUCUAUUGAAUAGCUGCAGAACCAGGUGGCAAUUGAUGUUGCCACAGGACGCACUUAACAUAUGGAAUCCCUUUUCUGUGCAAUCGUGAAAAACUGCUCAAAUAACUAGUUAGCAAAAAAAAAAAAGUAAUCUGGAGAAUUUUUUUAGCAUAUCUUUGUACCUCUUAACUAAGGUCCACACUGGAUACGUCACUUACAAGAGCUGCUCACCCUGCUCUACUUGCCUAUUGCUGCCCCAGUCCUAGAUGUUGAGGAGGAUGUUGGGAUAGUGUAGGCUGGACUUUUGCAUGGCAAUGUGUGCCCUUUGCAAAGUGAUAAGCACAAAUUAACUCUGGGCAUUAUGUGCUGAGGCAAGCCUUCCUUCUGCUACAUGGGAUAUUCUCUCUUCAGCAAGGAAAAAAGUGCCAGUCCUGCCCCCAACUUGUAGCCCUGUGUUAAACAGCUGCUGUGGGGAGGCUGUGUUCAGGGCUGCCAUCACUUUAGAAUGUAAAGAGCCCAAUGGUAAGGGGUCCGCCUGCCCGCCCCCCCCCCCUCCAGCUAGGAUGUUUUGUGACCAAUGUAAGACUUGCCCUCCGGUGUCUUUUUUUUUUUUUAAUGCAAGAGCAGUUUCAAAUGCUGUGUGAAUCUUACCUACCCUUGACCAAAUUUAUUGAUUUAUUUAUAUUUGUGUCCUCUGUCUUGAGGACUUUCAACCUCUCUAAUAAUAUACUAGUUGAUUACAUGAGUGAGGGUGAGAUUUGAAGCAAGGGCUUUUUAGAUCACAGCUCAUGCUCUUAGCUGGCAUGUUAAGUGCUUCUCUUCCUUUCUCCCAUUUUUGGUGUAACUUCUAGGAAGCCAGGCUGGAAAAUAGUUCUGUGUCACACUGUUGUGUUUGAGUUUUGCUUUGUUUUAACAAAGCAUAUUACUGACUGUCUGGUUCUGAUAAAAUAACAGCCUAUUUGUUUUGGU